CCUAAAGUCUGUACCUCUCUCAUGAGUAACAUUAGUUCUCAACUCUCCAAUCAAAAGGCAGCCGCAUUAAAUUUUCGCAAUUUAGUUAUCCAAGCAACCAUGGAGCGAGUUACAUUGACCCAUCAGUUAGCAUUAACCAUGGACCAGAGUUCACUCGAUGAGCGAGCAAAGGCCGCCUUGGCCGACUGCUUGGUCCUCUAUGAGGACACCAUUAGCCAACUCAACCGCUCGAUGGAUGCUUCAUCAUCGCAUGAAGAUUCACAAACGUGGCUUAGUGGUGCGGUUGCGAACCACGAGACUUGCAAAAACGGGUUCGUGGAACUCGACUCAUCAUUCCAUUUGCCAACUACACCGUUCAUGACCAACAACAUAUUCGAGUCCCUCAGCAACUCUCUCGCCAUUAACAGGGCGAUAUUGAUGCCCAUUAGUUCCAUUGGCAAUCGCAAAUUGCUCUCUAAUGGAUUCCCUUCAUGGGUCUCCGCAGCUGAUCGCAAACUUCUCCAAUCAUCUUCGGUGAAAGCAAAUAUCGUGGUGGCUCAAGAUGGUUCCGGGAACUACAAGACGAUCUCUGAAGCAGUUGCAGCUUCUGUUAAACAAAGUAGUGGGGGUUCAAGAUUUGUGAUCCAUGUCAAAGCCGGAACUUACGAUGAGAAGGUUCAGAUCACGACGUCGAUGAAUAAUCUAAUGUUGAUCGGUGAUGGUGCUGGUGUUACUGUUAUUACAGGAAGUAAGAGUGUGCAAGAUGGUACAACUUUCAAUUCGGCAACAGUUGUUGUGACUGGAGCAGGAUUCAUCGCCAAGGACAUAACAUUCGAAAAUACCGCCGGUCCAAAGAAACAACAAGCCGUCGCACUCCUUUCCCGCUCCGACCUCUCCGUCGUCUACCGCUGCAGCUUCAAAGGCUACCAAGACACCCUCUGUGUCUACUCCCAACGCCAAUUUUACCGGAACUGUGACAUCUACGGCACCGUCGACUUCAUCUUCGGCGACGCCGUCGCGGUCUUCCAGUCCUGCAACAUGUACCUCAGAAAACCCCUAACGGGCCAAGAAAACACAGUCACCGCCCAAGGCCGUUCUGACCCCAACGAGAAUACUGGCAUCUCCAUCCAGGACUGUAAUAUCGCUGCCGCGGAGAACCUGGGCUCGACCAGGUCGUACCUGGGUCGGCCAUGGAAGGCCUACUCAAGGACGGUGGUGAUGAAGACAACAAUCGGAGGCGCGAUUGAUCCAGCUGGGUGGCUGGAGUGGGAUGGAAACUCUGCGCCGAGCACGCUGUAUUAUGGGGAGUACAUGAACAGUGGGGCUGGAGCUGGGACUGGGGGUCGUGUUAAGUGGCCUGGGUAUCAUGUUAUGAGUUCGUCGGAUGCGAAUAAGUUCACCGUUGGGAAUUUCUUAGGGGGCGGGUCUUGGAUAGCUUCUGCUGGGGUGCCGUACACUGCUGGGCUCUAGGGUGGGUACGUUGGCUGUUGAGAGGGAUUUGAUCUGGAUUAUUGUUAAGUAUUUGAAUUAAGUUAAUAAUUUGUUUGUAGGAACAAAUAAGGCCACGUAACAAGAAGGGCACUUGAGUGAAAAUAGGUUCAACAAGACGAGGAAACUUAUGCUCGGGCCGGGGUUAUUCAUUUUCAAUGACGAUCAAUAGAUUCUUAUGUAAAUAGUGAAGGUUAACCCACUUGAUUGUGAUGUAAUACUGUCAAAUAGAGUGUCCUGUUGUAAAACCGUAGGUUUUGUUUGUUAAU